CAUUAAGAAGAGCCAGAAGAUACACGAGCUGAAUGCAAUGAAGUCAGAAGAUUAGAACAACGACAAUCACGCCGUUUCACAGUCAAUAGACGAAGAACAAAUGACCAACAACGACAACAGGUACAUCGAGCAUUUAUAUCUCAUUUAUUCCUGCGUCUAGCAUUCCAGUAUGAGCCCGAUAUUGAAUAUUGUGCUCAUUCAAAAGUGAUAAUUGGUGCUAUGGACAAGGAAUGUUUGCAUCGUCAUGCUCUGAAAUUCAAAAAUAAGCCAGCUGGGAUGUGUUGCGCGUCAGGAAAAAUGCUACUACCUGAAAUUGAAACACCACCUGAACCAUUGAACGGCUUACUUAUCGGCACGGAUCCAGAUUCUAACGUGUUCCUGAAGUCAAUUCGAAGAUUCAAUUCAUGCUUUCAAAUGACAUCGUUUGGAGCAACAGAAAUAGUUCGAAAUACUAAUGCAAAUGGUCAACAAUUUAAUUCUACAUUCAAAAUCAGAGGCCAAGUUUAUCAUAAAAUGGGCUCACUGCUGCCAAUGCCAAACGAACCACAUAAAUUCUUACAAAUCUACUUUAUGGGCGGCGAGGAUUCCGGAAGCGCACUUGCCAAUCGCGUGAAUGCACGUUGUGAUUAUAAUAACCUUGAUUCACUUUAUGCCAUGCGCAUUGACAGCGAGCUAGAUGCUCUUUUGAACGAGCACAACGAGUUGUUGAAAAUAUUCAAAUCACAUAUGCACCAAUUCCAAAGCGAUAAUCACGCUAUCGUCAUUAAUCCUGAUAAAACACCAGCUGGAGAGCAUAUUCGUAGAUUCAAUGCACCCGUUGUUGAUGAUGUUGCUGGAGUCAUGGUUGGCGAUUGUACAGCUCCACGAGAAAUUGUGAUUCGUAGAAGAAAUAAUAAUCUUCAGUUCAUUGCUGACACACAUCGUUCAUAUGACGCUCUUCAAUAUCCGCUAAUAUUCUGGAAGGGACAAGACGGAUAUUGCAUAAACAUAAAACAACGAGAUCCCGUAUCAGGAGCUGAAACAAACAAGAACGUUAGCUCAAAGGAUUAUUAUGCGUACCGAUUAAUGAUUGGGUUGAUCGGGCGCGCCAAGAAGCCCAACAGGCGGAUACCUUUCCUUAAGUCCUGAAAUAUGAAAAUUCUGUUAUUAUGCCUUUUUAUGAAUAUUCUUUUUCCUUUCAAAAAUUUUUUUUUGUUUGUUUGUAUAUAUAUAUAUAUAUAUAUUGUAUAUAUUGUAUAUAUAUGUAUAUACACUUAUUAUAUUUAUGAAUCCACUUACCUUCUCUUCAUAAAUGCCAAGAAUCAUCUGGAACCAAGUUCCAAAGCCUUUAAAACUACGCUGGAUGGUGUACAUUCUUCUUCCUUAGCUCACAACUAAGACAAUACUGACAUUCGACACGGCUUCGCGAAAUCGAGAGGCGUGAAAGAUUAGCCGUCAGUAAGCAUACAGCACAGCGCGAGAUUAAAAUAAUAAUUUUAAAUCUAAAUAUUGGCGCCAGACGACUCCUCCUGUUAUUCUUUUUAUUAUGUUAAGAUAUAUUAAGUUAAACAAAAUAAAAUUUGUAAGUGGCUCUCGCUUAUGGGGAAAGUCGCCAUAGGAAAACCGAUAAGCUAUACUAGGUUCUCGCUUUUCCGGGGGAAUGUUAUGUCCACCUUCAAUUUUUUUCUUUCUUCAAAUUUAAAUCAUCCGCGCAGAUGGAAGACUUCUCCAUACGCGAAAGCCACCAUGAAAUAGAAGCUACGCGACUGCUGGUUAACUAGCGGGGACUUCUGCAACCUCAGCACCGUGAGUAUUUAAAAAGGCGAUCAACAGCCAACGCCUUGUCUUAGUUGGUUAAUUCGACUUCCGCGUUUAACUGACGGGCCUGUGCCUUGUAGAGUCCUUUGCUUUAAUUUGCACUGCACUUAGAGAAAGUUUCGACGUGGUUUAACCGGCAGGCCACGUAUUAGUUUUAAUCUUAGAGAGUCGUAUUCUCAAAGUUCUAAUUUGCUCUGCACUUAGGCGAGAAUUCGACCAGUAAAUAAAUUUUAGAGAACCGUAAUCUCAAAGUUCUAAUUUGCUCUGCACUUAGGCGAGAAUUCGCUCAUUAAGUCUAUUCAAAAUUCCCUAAAAGCUAGUUUUGCGCACUUUACCCUACGGGGGACUGGAGGACGUUAGCUCAAUCAAAGUAUUAAAAUUCAUUAAAUUAAAUUACGUUAAAACCAAAUUUGUGAAAGUGUAAGUUUUGGCGUUUACAAAAAUAAAUCUAAAUAAAAGUGAAAUCAGAUUUGAAUCAGUUCAUUUCACAAAAUGAGAAGCCCGUAAAAUAAGCAGUCCAAUUCCA